AUGAAAAGAGUGGAUGUUGGCCUGCUGAUCACCACAGAGCAAAAUGUGGAGAUGACAGCCCAAUCAAAGAACACUGUGGAUGUUGCAAUAAUCCUGGAGGAGCACAUUGUUUUGCGUGAGUUGCGAGAUGUACCAAAUGGCUUUGUGGUGCUGAUUGGACUACUUUACUGCCUCAACAUCAACUACCCAAAGGGACUGAAGUACAGCUUUGAGGUCAUUCAGAAGCUCCCCACUCUCUCAGAUAUCACUGAACUGAUCCGAAAAUCCAAGCCAUCCACCUGUCAACUGGACCCCCUCCCCACACAAUUUGUCAAAGCCUGUCUCCCGUCUCUGGUCCCCCUCAUUUCUGCCAUCAUCCACUCGUCUCUCACCACUGGAACUGUCCUUACAGCUUUCAAAACUGCUGCCAUUACCCCAAUUUUGAAAAAACCUGGCGCUGACCCCUCCAACUUCAACAAUUUUCGUCCUAUCUCCAAUUUACCCUUCAUCUCCAAAAUCCUUGAAAAAACAGUUGCCUCCCAACUCCACUCUCACUGAGUCCAUGAUGACCUGUAUGAACAGUUCCAGUCUGGUUUAUGUCCACUCCAUAGCACUGAAACGGCACUCAACAAAAUCACAAAUGAUCUCCUCAUGGCAGCUGAUUCUGGACUCCUCACCAUCCUCAUCCUGCUCGACCUGAGUGCGGCCUUUGAUACCAUCUGUCACUCCACCCUCCUCCACAGGCUAUCUUCCAUUGGCAUAACUCACACUCCUUUAGACUGGUUCACUUCUUACCUCUCCAGCCGCACUCAGUUCAUCCAACUGAAGUCCUCUAAAUCCACCCCCUCCUCUGUCAUUUCAGGUGUGCCCCAGGGCUCUGUCCUGGGGACCCUCCUCUUCAUCAUCUACCUUCUUCCCCUUGGCAAUAUCUUCUGUAAAUGUAACAUUCAUUUCCACUAUUAUGCUGAUGACACCCAGCUCUACCUCACCACUAAACCCUCGUCCACUCUUCCGCCCACCUCCACCACUGACUGCAUCUCUGAAAUAAAAACUUGUCUGGGGUGUCUUCCUGAUAUGGAAGUCAAUGACCAUCUCCAUCAUCUUACUGGCGUUAAGCUGGAGAUGGUUCUGCUCACACCAGUUGACAAAGUCAGCGAUGACGGACCUGUACUCCCGAUUGCCCCCCUCAGAUACACGCCCGACAAUGGCUGUGUCAUUGGAGAACUUCUGGAGCUAGCUUUCAGCCUGCAAGUCCUGAGUCCAUCCAACAUCAGGCUGAAGUGGGUGUGGAGUCACUUCCUGGAAGACCUUCCAGGAAAAAGUACAGCUCCUGGCAAUGCCAGACCUCGUCGCUCCCCAGUACCCAGACCUCACCGCUCCCUCAGUGCCCAGACCUCGCUGCCGCCAAGCGUGGCAGAGGUUCCGCUGCUGAGCAUCACGGAGGUCCCGCCACACCAGUCCUGCAUCCUGGCCAUCUCUAUGUGGCCUCCUGAGCGUGUCAACACUGCCUCUGCUGACGCACUUGGGUUCCCAGACCCACCAUGA